AAGGUUAAACUGAAUAUACUCAUGGAAAAUGUAGAGCCAUUCAUAGGAACCAAGAUUAAUGUUGAUGAAGUAGAUGACGUUUUGAAAAACAUAGGAAUAGAACUCACACCUAAGGAGCGCUGGAGGCUGCUAAAAACACUGCCAAUUACUUCUGAUGGAAAGGUAUAUCACAAUCGGUUGCUAGAUGGUUUAAAGACUUUCCAAGGAGGGAAAAUUUUAGAAAAUAAACUAGAAACCGUUCUGAAAAACUUGAACUAUAACCUUGAAAAUAAAGAGAUCAAAGAUCUACGGAAUCAUUUGAACGUUGACAAUAAUGGAAGGAUUUCACUGAACUCCUUUAUGAAUACAGCAAAUUUAUUUUCCGGUGGUAAAAUUAAUGCAAGUGACACACAGCUUUACCUGGAAAAUGUAGGUAUUGAAUUAACCAGUAGAGAAAGCCAGGAUUUACUGAACAUACUUCCAUUGGAUGAUAAUAAUAAGGUGUAUAAAAAUAGGUUGAUGGAUGAAGUGAAGACAUACAGAGGGGGAAAGGUUAAUGUCAAUAAAAUAGAUGAUGCUCUUAAAAAUAUGGGAUUCCCACUUGAAGAGGAAGAAAUUGAGGAAUUGUGCAAUCAUCUGCCAAUUGAUGAUGAAAGGAGAGUUAAACUGGAUAAACUUCUGGAUGAAGUACAUAAACUUCUAGGGGAAGAAAUUAACUAUGAAGACCUGGAAAAUAUUCUGAAAAACACUGGGUUAAGACUCAGGCUGAAGGAGAACUCUGUGCUGAUGAAAAGUUUGCCAAUUGAUGCUGCUGGAAAGUUGUAUAAGCAUAAGCUGCUGGAUAGCAUAAGGUAUCUCAAAGGAGUGGAGCUUAAUGUUAAUCAAUUAAGAUGCUUCAUGGAAAAUAUGGGCUUUGACCUGGAAGAAGAGGAGUACCUGGACCUGCUCAGCAACCUGCCCGCUGAUGAUGAGGGGAAGAUUGAAGUGAAUGUGGUAAUGGAUGAAGGAAAUGUUUUUACAGGUGAGAAGGUCGAUACUAGUAACCUGGAAACUUUACUGGAAAAUAUGGGGAUAACACUCACAGAAGGAGAAGGUCUGGAACUACAGAACAAGCUUCCGGUCGAUGCCAAAGGAAGGGUAUAUAUGAACAGACUGAUGAAAGAGUUACAGUCUCUCAAAGGGGUGAAGGUGUCUCCAAAUAAGGUGGACACUUUCCUGAAAAACAUGGGAAUUGAUCUCAAGAAGGAAGAAAUCCAGGAACUGAAGGACCUCCUACCAGUUGAUGGUAAUGGGAAGAUUGAUGUAAAUGUGUUGAUGGAUGAAGUUAAAAAUAUUACAGGAGAGAAGAUUCCUACCAAGGACAUGAAAAAUGUACUGAAAAACAUGGGACUAGAGAUCACAAAUAAGGAACAUAAAAAGCUUCUGAAAACCCUGCCAGUUUCUGCUGAUAAAAAGGUGUUUGAGAAAGAAUUACUGGAAGGUGUGAAGUCCUUCAAAGGAGGAAGAGUUAAUGUCGGUGACAUUAAAAAUGUUCUAAAAAAUACUGGGUUCAGACUUGAAGAAAAUGAAAUCCAGGACCUGCAAACCCACCUACCAACUAUUGAAGAUGAAAAGGUUGACUUGGAUGUGUUGAUGGAAGCAGCCAGUGCUUUUACAGGAGAAAAGGCAGAAGCCAGUGACUUAAAAAAUGUACUGGGAAACAUGGGAAUUGAGAUCACUGAAAAAGAGGAGUUGAUGCUGUCAGAAACUCUUCCAGUCUCUGGAGAUGGAAAGGUGUACAAGAAAAGAUUACUGAAUAGUGUGAAACCUCUCAAAGGGAAAAGAGUCAGUAUCGGUAACCUGGACCCCCUUAUAAAGAGCAUGGGAAUUCAGCUUGAGAAAGAGGAUCACCAGGACUUACUGAAACACCUGCCGACUGAGAAGAAUAAAAUGGCCGAUUUGAAUGUGGUGAUGGAUGACGCAAAAGCUUUUACAGGAGAAAAGGUUAAUGUCGGGAAUCUGAACAGUGUGCUAAGGAAAAUGGGACUAGUACUCACUGAUGAGGAGAAUGGGGAGCUGCUGAAGACUCUGCCCAUUCAUGCUGAUGGAAAAGUAUAUAAGAAGAGAUUGCUAAAAGGUGUGAAAGCACUCGAGGGACCAAGGGUCAGACUGGAAAAAGUGAAAUCCCUUGUGGGAGACAUGGGAAUUAGACUGAAUGAUGAGGAACUCGAGGAACUAAUGACCAAAGUGUCAAUUGACGAUGAUAGAACAAUUGGUCUGAAUGAUUUGCUGAAUGCCAUCAGUUGCAUAAAGAGAGAGGUGAUUGCUCUCCAGGACUUAGAUACCUUUCUAGCAAGUAAGGGGAUUGAGCUCAAAGAAGAUGACAAGAAGUCGCUGAUGCCUCAUUUGACAAUUAAAGGAAAUGGAGAGGUUAGAGUGCAUUUGAUAAUGAAGGGCCUGAAGAAGUUUAAACCAAAAGGAAUCAUGCCACUGCACAAGCUGAUGAAAACUGCACAUGAUACUAAAGACAGAGUUAUUGGCCCUAUGGCAGUUCCUGAUAUUAAAUCAACUGGGCUGAAUCCUCUGAAAAAGGUACCCAGCUCCCAUGGCAAGAGGGAUAAAGAUUUACCAGGACCUCUCCCACGCCAAUUACAGCACAAAGAAAGGAAGCUGACUGCUUCACAAAUACAAGCCUUCCAAGAUGCAUACAACUUCUUUAACAAGGAUAAAACUGGCUCUAUUGAUUUACAUGGAAUGAUGUGCACUAUAGCCAAGUUGGGAAUGACUCUAACCAAGCAUGAUGUCUAUAAUGAAUUAAGAUGUGCUGAUGUUGAUCAGGAUGGGAAGGUGAAUUUCUCAGACUUUAUGAAGGUGCUGACAGAUAAGAACCUCUUCCUUAAAGCCGUGGCUCCAGAAAAGGAGAAAUGUUUAGAUUUAGCUGGCAACCCAGGGAUCCUGUUGUUUGAAAUCCUAUCAAAGCUUGUAGAGACUUCAGCCUUACCCAGAAAGGCUAUAAUGGAAAUAGUAAGCUAUUUCCGAAGAAAAUUCCAGGAAACCACAUCAGGAAUGGUAUGGAAUCCCUACACUAUGGGUUACAGAAAAAGGAGAUUUAAGCAAGACAUAUGCACACCUCCCAGCUCAAGCACAGCCGCCUUUGCUAAUGCUGCCCGGAUUGCAUUAAUGAAAGAAAAGGAUUUAUUUAAAUUUCUUGAAGAGUUCAAAAGGUACAAUCCUCCUUCAGAUAGCCCAUAUUCAAAAAUACCCAUCUUUCCAUUGUUUCCUAAUGUGGAUGGCGUGGUGAUGGGAAAGCCAUCCAAAGACAUACAUAAAUUAGAAAUACUAAGGAGAAGGGAGCCUCUGAACUUCUUUGAGAACUAUUUUUUCCAUAAAAGAGACUGGAAAGCACAGGCAGCAAAUAUAAAGCCUAUUGACCCCGUCUCGGGCUGUCCUACUGACAUCCUGGCCAUUGACCAACUACUCAAAAAGAAGCAGAAUUGGACAGUGACUGAUGCAGCAGCUGUUAAACAGCCCGUGAAGAAAGCUAUCGAUACCUAUAACUUAGGAAUUGCCCUUGAGCACCGGAAAGAUAUGCUAAAUCUCUGGCGGAAGAUCCGAGGGGAUUUGAUUGGAAUAGACUCUAAAAAUGAGUCCUUUUACGACACCUUUUCUACUUAUACAUGGUCCUGGAAUGUUUCCCAAGAAUUACUUUCACCAAAGGACUUAAGACUACAUGAUGCCUACAUGAAUAGGAAUAACUUCCACAACUCUGUAUUCUCUUCUUCCUCGGAUAUCAGUGAAUGUGACACGGACACAGGAAGAAAAAGAAAACGGAAAGGUUUCAAAGGGUUUCGACCAUGAGAUUUCUACAAUUUCUAAACAGCUCAUUGCAAACUACUUUUUCAUAGAUAUCAAAAUUAUGGUUUCUUGCUUUUGUCUAGUACAUCCUUAGCAGCUGAAAAGGUUGACAUCUUUUGAAUUCUGACCAGUAAAAAAGUUUAAGUCAUAA